CCUAGAUCUAAAAGAAAGGCUGAGUUAGAGUACCCUUCCAAAAUGGCUGCUCUUAAGGAAGAGAGAGAUGUGGAAGACUACAAGAGGAAAGGAAGACGAUCCUCACAGCAGAAAUACCGUAGACUGAAUAAGGGCCAUGAGCCAAAGGAGCCGGAGCAGUUGAGAAAGUUGUUCAUUGGAGGUCUGAGCUUUGAAACAACAGAUGAUAGCUUGAGAGAGCACUUUGAAAAAUGGGGCACACUCACGGACUGUGUGGUGAUGAGAGACCCACAAACAAAACGUUCCAGAGGCUUCGGCUUUGUGACUUACUCUUGUGUGGAGGAGGUGGAUGCUGCCAUGAGUGCUCGACCACAUAAGGUUGAUGGACGCGUGGUUGAACCAAAGAGAGCAGUUUCGAGGGAGGAUUCUGUAAAGCCUGGGGCACAUCUCACAGUAAAGAAAAUAUUUGUUGGUGGAAUUAAAGAAGAUACAGAAGAAUAUAAUUUAAGGGAGUACUUCGAAAAAUACGGCAAGAUUGAAACCAUAGAAGUCAUGGAAGACAGGCAAAGCGGAAAGAAAAGAGGCUUCGCUUUUGUAACUUUUGAUGAUCAUGAUACAGUUGAUAAAAUUGUUGUUCAGAAAUACCAUACUAUAAAUGGACAUAACUGUGAAGUGAAAAAAGCACUCUCAAAACAAGAGAUGCAGACUGCUAGCUCUCAGAGAGUAAAAUAUUUUUUAGGUCGUGGGGGUGGCUCAGGCAACUUCAUGGGUCGUGGAAACUUCGGAGGCGGUGGAGGGAACUUUGGCCGAGGCGGAAACUUUGGUGGAAGAGGAGGCUAUGGGGGUGGUGGUGGCGGUGGUGGGAGCAGAGUAAGCUUUGGGGGUGGUGACGGAUACAAUGGAUUUGGUGAUGGUGGCAACUAUGGAGGUGGUCCUGGCUACGGCAGCAGAGGAGGUUAUGGUGGUGGCGGAGGACCAGGAUAUGGAAACCCAGGUGGUGGAUAUGGAGGUGGAGGAGGAGGAUAUGACGGCUACAAUGAAGGAGGAAAUUUUGGUGGUGGUAAUUAUGGUGGAAGUGGAAACUACAACGAUUUUGGCAAUUACAGUGGACAACAGCAGUCUAACUAUGGUCCCAUGAAAGGUGGUGGCAGCUUUGGUGGCAGAAGUUCAGGCAGUCCCUAUGGUGGUGGUUAUGGAUCUGGAAGUGGAAGUGGGGGCUAUGGUGGUAGAAGAUUCUAAAAAUGCUACCAGAAAAAGGGCUACAGUUCUUAGCAGGAGAGAGAGCGAGGAGUUGUCAGGAAAGCUGCAGGUUACUUUGAGACAGUCGUCCCAAAUGCAUUAGAGGAACUGUAAAAUCUGCCACAGAAGGAACGAUGAUCCAUAGUCAGAAAAGUUACUGCAGCUUAAACAGGAAACCCUUCUUGUUCAGGACUGUCAUAGCCACAGUUUGCAAAAAGUGCAGCUAUUGAUUAAUGCAAUGUAGUGUCGAUUAGAUGUACAUUCCUGAGGUCUUUAUCUGUUGUAGCUUUGUCUUUCUUUUUUCUUUUUAUUUUCCCAUUACAUCAGGUAUAUUGCCCUGUAAAUUGUGGUAGUGGUACCAGGAAUAAACAAAUUAAGGAAUUUUUAACUUUUCAAUAUUUGUGUAGUUCAGUUUUUCCACAUUUAGUACAGAGAACUCUAUUAUAACAGAAAUAAAAUGUAGUUUAGGGUGUUUCCUUGUUAGUCAAUAGAGAGGAUUAAUGCAUUUCUCAAUUACUAUUUUGUAUUAAUUUAAAGUUAACAAUAGAAACACCUAUUGAUUUGCAGUCUUAAGGGGUCUAGUCUCAGUGUAUAUAUGUAACUGUCAUUGACAUGAGUUACAUAGGCAUACAGAGGGAAAACAUCUGUAUGUUGCAUUAUAGUUUGUUUAGAUGUAUAACUAGGAUUGAGUUACUCAAAUUAGUGUUUGUGAAUUAUAGAACUAAGCUUUACCUUAAUGAAAACUUCAAAUUACUUUUUGGUUUGUGCAUAUUUUUUUAAUUUGUAGUUCUGUAUUAGUACUAGCGCUUCAAGAAAAUAAGGCAUGAUAAAUAUUUUAACAAGACCAACUUUAGACACAUUAAAGCUGUCUCCCGUCUCAUUUGAGAUGUAUAAGGGAUAACUGCAGUUGCUUAAGUCUUGGGUGAAGAGAAAAAGAAACUUGCUUUUUACCUUUAUAUUUAUUGUAAUUCCCGAGAAGUUAAGGUGGGGGGAAUCAAGUGCCUGUUUCCUUGGGAUAUACAAUGAUUCUGUUUCAAUAAAACUAUACUUUGGGGAGGGUGGCUUGGAAUUUUCAUCCCCUUCCUUUGUCCCCGUUUCCCUCUCCCUCACACCAGACUGCGCUGUUUCAAUUAAAUGAGGCGUCAUAGUGAGAGUAAUAGGUGUGUUCCUCAAUAACUUAAUGGCUAUAUACUUUCUUGCAUGCACCCUAGGCAAUUUUCUGGACACAUUCUUCUGACUGGGAGCCAAGGGUAGCACAGGUGUAAUCACUGACAGUCCCAGGUAAUGCGUUCCAAAAGCCCGUUCACGAUGGGCUCUAAGUAGUAUAGUGUUGAAGCUUCUGCCCUUGCGAAUGUCUACGCUCAGCUAAGAGCUCGAAGAUAAAACGAAACACGAUCUAGUUGUAUUUUACUGACUAGAAACACUUCCCACGAUGUAGAAUGGUACAGUCUUGAGUUUCCACAGGUAGAAUGAUAGUGUGUUACAAUUUGAUUUGAUGCACUGGAGUAGCAAAUCUUAUCAGCACAUAUGGCUAGAAAUUGUACUCGAUUCUCACUUGUGACCUCCAAAUUCAGGCACUACGCUCUGUCCUGUUCUCAGCUGAUGUGAAUUCUCUCUCGACUAUUGCCAGGACAGAGCUUUCUGUCAAUUCAGACUCAGAAGAGUAGGGACCCAGUCAAUAGAAGAAAUACUCAGACACUUGACAAUAUGCUAUUGGAAUUAUUCACACCUGUUUCGCUUCUGGGUCAAUGUGCAGUAUAAGGUAAAUGCGAUUCCAGUGUAGGAAUGAAUCUGCAAAGAUGUAUGAAAUGGCUCGAGGCAUAAUCAGUCAUAUUAAUAAUGAAUUAUAAUUUUAAGAAGUAGUAGAAAAAUGAGUGUGUUGUUUGAAAAAAAAAAAAAUUAAACAAUGUUAUUUAAACACUGUUAUUGGAGUGUAUUUAGACCGCAGUACACCAAAACAAGGAACCGGUGUCAAGAUGGUAGCCUCCAAACUGGAUUUCAAAGUCUGCUUAUUCUUUUCGUGGAGUUUUAAAAGAUCUCUAAAGUUAAAGCAAGAAUUGGUGAUUUUAGUGAACGCUUCUGUUGUUGUACAUACUAAUUUGGGCUUGGGGUGGGGGGGGAGGCUGUGUUUCAAUAAAGGCAUUUUUUAAACAACCCAUUUGGAGUUUGAAAACAUUGAAAACUAAACCGCAACUCACUAGGGAGUGAGCCACCUAACUACCGACUUGCUUUGUACGUUGCUACGCCUAGAAGAUGUGUAGACUUGUACCUGGGGCCUGCAUCUGAUUGCAGGGACAACUGGAGGAUGGGGUUGAUGUCCCUUCUGACAAUUGAUCUGGUAUUUCUAAAUUUUUUUAGAAUGUAUUGACAGUGUUCUUUUUAACAGGGCCUCUUGUAGCUGUACUGUGACAACAAUGUUAACUUUGAAAAAUAGUGUCAUAAUAAACUUUAUGAACAAGA